AUGGUCGCUACACGAGCUAUGGUCGCCCAAAAGGCUCCAAAUGCGACCGAUGACAAGGAAAACGACACACAGUUGGCUCUACGCAAGAAGCCUGUCCGUCGAGCUACCGCAAAGUCCACCACCACAUCAGCCAAGUCAACGACCAUGACUAAACCCACGAAGGCAUCAGCUGCCGCCACAUCUGCAAAAUUAACAGCCUCCACAUCAUCAAAAGCAUCAGCAUCAGCACCACCCGCUCGUCCAAAACGUCAGACACGUGCCGCAGCUGCUGCUCCACCACCAGAGCCUGCUCCCGCCAGGAAUCCUACCACUCGCCGAAAACCUGCCCUUCCUGAAGUCGCCAGGGGAAAAGCCUUGAGAUCGCGAAAGGUUGAGCCCGAGCCCGAGCCAGAACCAGAAACCGAGGUUGAAGAGCCCGGAAACGUCGACCAAGUCGCGUCACCACCCCCCACAACAGCGAGAGCUACGAGAUCAAGAAAGGCUGAACACACGCCUGAGCCAGAGCCAGAGCCAGAGCUUGAUCAAGAGGCAGAACCGGAAACUGAGUCUGAGUCGGCAGUUGAACUUGAGACGAACCAAGAAUUCAGCGAGGAAGAAGAGGUCGAAGAUGUGCCAAAGGUUGAACAAUCAAAGACGCCGAAGCCUCGCAAGCCAGAACACAGGCAAGAGUCUGAACUCGAUACCCAAGAGGAGGACGAGGACGACGAGAACGAGGAAAAUAACUCUUCCGAGGACGAAAUCUGCGGACCCAAGACACCGAUGCGACGCACUACCAGAAGCCAAGCUGCACCACGAACAGCCGCAUCCUCAAAGACUGCUCGCAGUCUACAGACUCCCGCCCGCAGAUUGCUGAGCCACAGGACGAACCAAGGCACUCCUCAGACGCAGCGCAUGCCACACAACGCGACACGCACUUCUUCCCCUCCUCGUCCUAUGACUGUAGCUAGAGGAGCAGAGAAACCAAUGGUCUUCCGUCCUCUGAAGCACCAGACUCCACGUCAGAUCCCUGUACCACCAGCUGCCAAUCAUGAAUCGGAUCUCGAGAUCACCGAGGAGGACCAAGACUCAGAAACAGAGUUGGAGGAAUCGAGUGCCGACGAACUCGACGAUCAACUCAAGCAGCUCCAAGACGAAGACAUUGUCAUCAUGCCCACACCAGCUCAUACCAUCCAGUUCGAGGCCGUCUCAAGCGAUUCGGAAGACGAACUCGCCGGUACUGGACGGGACCUCGAAGAGGAAGAAGAAGAGGAUGACGAGCUUGACGAGGAUACAAUUGUCGAAGUCAGUGACAAGAAAGAGCCUGAAUAUAUUCCUGCGCAAUCAGAUAUGAAAGAUGACCUCUCAGACGAGUCAGACAGCACGAUCGACGACAGUCGUUUGCCUGAGCCGCUGUUUUCGGCAGACUUCACCACAUCUGUGCCCUCAUCACCAGCUUCUGUCGCCGCGGAACCUCCUCAGAUUGAGGUUGACGACUCGGAACUUCUCUCGUCUCCUGCACCCUCAACUCCCGGCUCCGUCAUUCGACGCGAUCUUGAUUCGCCUACACAAGAGAUUGCUCCAGCAUCGAGACUUUCAAUCGACGAUAAUGACCUACUCUCUUUGAUGGACGACGACGCAUCUACUCCAAACAUGAAGCCUCGAGUAUCAUUCUCAACAGCUACAGCCAAGAUGCUCCAAACUCCUCGGAUGGAGUUUGCACUUGGAGGUACCGACGUUACUGAAGUGAACGACAGCCCAUCCGUGACAGUGAACGAGCACGCGGAAUUAGAGGAUGAUCAAACUGCGACGAUCAACCCUUCGCUUCUGGAAGUGGACGACUAUGGUGUCAAGCUGGCCUCCAACCUGGAAAAUGCUGCAGCCAUUCCUACUCCAUACUUUGCGACACCUGCUUCUCGUGAGCGCUUGAGCAUGGGAUUCUCAAAAGAGCGCAUGAGCCUGCUUCAGGAUGACAUCUUUAAUCUGGUUGAUUUCGAUCAUGUUUCUCCUGCCAAAGCAGGUGUCCAGACUCCUGCUGCUCAUGCUGUGGAACCAUCAACUCCAGGAUACAGCUCCCGUCGCCGGUCUCUGCAAUCAAAGAGUGUUUCGACACCAAACGAGCAGGCCCGAAGUGGACGUAGGUCUUCUCUAGCUCCUCCAACUUCUCCGAGCUACGCAAGGUCGACCUUCGCAUUUGACUCUCGUCGCAAAUCACUUCCCGCCGCCUCUUUACAUACUCCGGUAGCCAGUGAUCUUCGACCGCGUACUGCCGAGACUUCCAUCAAGCCAACUAUCAGUGACUCGUUCGCAAAGUUGUGGGCCAGCAAGCAGCGAAGGUCGCCAGUGAGAAAGUCACUUUUGGAACACACGAUCUCAGACCUAGCUCACAUACACUCUUUGCCUCCACCAGAGCAACCAAGCUCUCGCAAGCGUGGCUCUUUACCAUCUCAGAGUCGUACCCGCACUGCUCAGCUUCAGCUGAAUCCAGUCUCCCCUUACGUGCCUUUCUCGGGUGCAAAGCCUAGAAGACAUACACCAAGCUCCUCUUUCAAGGCACGGAACGCUAGCCGUAGCCCCUACAAGAACCGCAGCAGCAGUCGUAGCCCGAUUAAGAUGCGCAAUCCCCUGAAGCUUCGUGACGCCAGCCGUAGUCCGGUGAAGCGUCUUCGCGAGGCUCCGCGAACACCCAUGAAGACACCUCUCAAAGCUGCUGGCCUUGCAACUCCAGCCGUAUAUCCAAUGACGCCGCACCCCUUGCAACCAUUGAAGUCUGUCACGGCAUUGGUUGAAAUCUUUACGCUGGACGGCUCCUCUGCUUCGGGUCCCUUUAUAGCUCUCCUCCAGGGUCUGGGUGCCCGUACGACAAAGUCUUGGUCUGAUCGCGUUACUCAUGUCAUCUUCAAGGAUGGAUCUCCCACUACUCUCCAAAGAGUACGCUUGAGCAACAAAGACCCCAAUGGCAAAAAAGUCUUCUGUGUCAACUCUCGAUGGGUAACGGACUGCGAGCGCAACGGCACUCGCAUGGACGAACAAUCAGAUAUUUACACCGUUGACCUCGACGAAGUACCCCGCGGCGGCCGCAGAAGAAGAAAGUCGAUGGAGCCUGCUGCCCUGAGGAACGUAGACGGUAAUAUCGUCCACAGCAACACCAGCAGUGCCAACAGCAGCGCCAACAGGAAAAGCGUCAGUGGCAGACAAAGCAUCGUUGAAGGCCCUCAAAGCAUCAACCUCGCUCGCGCGAACAAGAGCCUGGCGAGAGUAUCUCUAGCAUCGAGUUUCUGGGGCGAUGAUUCGCCGGUCAAGAAGACACCUGGGCGCAAACAAGCAGCGAGAGAUUCUUGGGACGAUGAUGAGGAGAUGGCAGAUGCGUUUUUCGACGAGCCGACUGCGAAGUUUGAAGUUCCUGCUUCGCUCGGGUGUAGCAGUGCUGCGAUUGAGGCUGGGCAGAUGACUGCGCCUGUGGAUAGAGUAAGGAAGUUGAGGAUUAGAGAUGAGGAUAACAGGCGUCUGACUUUUAUGGGUGGUAGAGAUUGA